UCUACAAUCUUUGCAUAACGCCCAUCUGACUGACAGCGGUACUGCAGAGCUUGAAGGAGCCUCUUGCUCUCAACAAAUUCUAUUGCGAUUUUUUCCCAUCAUGAUAUUUCAUUUGUUUAAGUUUGUUUCCCAGAGACGCAUAUGAAGGCGCGGAUAAAUGCACAGCAGUGGCUGAGGGGAUUAUCCUCUUUAAAGACGGCAUUGGUAAAGCAUAGGGGGCUGUCACGUGAUGAACGAACGACUCGAACCCGAAGACUCGAGAGGUGAACUAAUCAAUUCUCUUUCCGGCUCAGACUGCAUUGGUUUAGCUUACGAAGCUGUCACGUCGUGAACGAACGAGUCAAACCCGAGGACUUGUCAGAUAAGAGGUGUGGUGAGCUGAUCAUAGACUAAAGACCCAGAUCUCAAAAUAGACUGCUGCUUGCUUAGUUCCCACCAUGGCGACGGUUGUGAUGGAGCAGAUUGGGCGGCUGUUUAUCAACGCGCAGCAACUUCGUCAGAUCCCACGUUUCCUGGAGUCAGCCUUCCCUACUUUGCCUUGUACUGUUAGGAUCACCGAUGUGCCGUGGGUUUUCCGUGAGUCACACAUAUUUACGGGCUACAGGCUGCCUGACCAGAGUUGGCGCUACUACUUCCUUACUCUGUUCCAGAGGCAUAAUGAGUCUGUAAAUGUGUGGACACACCUGCUGGCCUCCCUCAUCAUCUUAGUCAAGUUUCAAGAGCUUUCCGAAACGGUGGACUUUCUGCGAGACCCUCACGCCCAGCCGCUUUUCAUCUUGCUCCUAGCCGCGUUCACCUACCUGGCCUGCAGCGCUCUGGCCCACCUGCUCUCGGCCAAGUCUGAGCUGUCCCACUACACAUUUUAUUUUUUGGACUACGUGGGCGUAGCUGUAUAUCAAUACGGCAGCGCCCUGGCCCAUUUCUACUACGUAGUCGAAGAAGAUUGGCACGGCAAAGUGCGAAGCUUUUUCCUGCCAGCUGCAGCCCUUCUGGCCUGGCUGUCGUGCACAGGGUGCUGCUACGGAAAGUACGCCAGCCCGAGCUUGCCUAAAUUCGCUCAUAAGCUAUUUCAGGUGGUGCCCUCUGGCCUGGCCUACUGUUUAGAUAUCAGUCCAGUGUUGCAUCGCAUUUAUAAAUGCUAUAGCUCUGAACAGGGCUGUGCCGAUCAGGCAGUGAUUUACCACUGCCAUCAGGUCCUCUUCUUUUUGAUUAGCGCCUACUUCUUCUCGUACCCUGAUCCCGAGCGCUGGUUCCCAGGAUGCUGCGACUUCAUCGGACAGGGCCAUCAGAUCUUCCACGUGUUCCUUGUGCUCUGCACCCUAGUGCAAAUUGAAGCGGUACGACUGGAUUACAGCGAGAGGAAAACUCUCUAUGAACGUCUCCAUGGUGACUUGGCUCACGAUGCGGUGGCUCUCUUCAUCUUCACGGCUUGUUGCAGUGCACUCACUGCCUUCUAUGUGCGCAAACGUGUCAAGGCGUAUCUAGAAGAAAAGCAGGAGUAGAUAGAGGGAUGAGAUAACAUUGCUUGCACAUGUAUAAGAGAUUGCACUGGUCUUCGACAACUAACCUAAUGAGAACAAAUCCAUUUUUCAGUGCAUCUUAUAUUUGUCGUGAGUGGUUUUGUUCUUGGUCUGCAAUGCAUUUUGAAUCAGCUGCUCUCUGUUUACCAAACUGGUGACAUGCUUUAAAACUGCAUUACAAUUCCAAAGUGGCACAUAAACAAGAUUCCAAAACCUAGUGAGCUGCCUACAUAGACAAAGGCUGAUACAAAAGGUAGCCAAGUUAAAGAUGAAAUCUGUCAUUUUUUUGUUGGAUAAAAACAACAAUUAUUUAUUGAGCAAGUACAUUAAAGCAGAGGUUUCUGCCAAUCGUAUAUUAAUCUGGAGUACCUAUAGAGAACGUGAAGCUGAUGUCACGCCUUAUGUUGCAGUGGCGCCGCCAUCUUGGGAGGAUAAUACUCCACUGCUAUUAUUGUUUUGAUAUGUACCGUAUCUUGUUUUGUUUGACAUAUGGAGAAAUGGAAAGUGAAAGAACCAUGGGCUUUUCCUGAACGACUCUGCGUAAUGCUAUUGCAGUUUUUAAAACAGCAAGACCGACCUACCAUAGUUAUAUUUCCUAAUCAAACAAGAAAAACAAAACACUGCAUUGAGCGCACUACCAGCCAUCCUCCCAAGAUGGCGCAACAUUCAACACGGCGCGACGUCGAUUGACAAGCUCUAUAGAGUACUAGCCUACUGCAUAUUUCUAAUCUUCGAAGAGUAUUUAGUUUGAUCAAAUAUAUCAAACCCAAACGAGGCCUAGGGGGGUGGUUCGAGCACAGAAAUACUACGUGAUACGUCCAACUCGUUUUUUCACAAGUUGACCAUGUUAAGCAUGAGAAGCCAGCAUGUUUAACAUUGUAAAGAAGUCAGAAUGCAUGAAACACUGUUGCACCACCCCUUUAAAGAAUCAGUGUUCAAAAUGGUCUCUAUAUCUUAUCAUGAUUUCCAACGGUAAGCUUAUAAUAAUGAUUCACAGUGUGCGCUGUUGGGUCUGAUUUCACAAGGUAUAUCAGGUUUGACGUCAUUCAACUUCGAUCUACAUAAAAAUAAGUACAUAAAGUAAACUGCAAAAUUUGAAAUAUCCUUUACAGAGAAUAUAAU